GGGGAUGCCCGGAGGAGAGACAGUGUCGGAGCCCCCAGCUGCUCACAGCACCCUGGAGAAGCCACCCAGCUCCGCCAUCCUGUGCACCACCUGUGGGAAUGUGUGCAAGGGGGAGGUGCUGCGGGUGCAGAGCAAGUACUUCCACCUCAAGUGCUUCGUCUGCAAAGUGUGCGGCUGCGACCUGGCGGAGGGCGGCUUCUUCGUGCGCCAGGGCGAGUACAUCUGCACGCUGGACUACCAGAGGCUGUACGGCACCCGCUGCUUCAGCUGCGACCAGUUCAUCGAGGGCGAGGUGGUGUCGGCGCUGGGCAAGACCUACCACCCCGACUGCUUCGUGUGCGCCGUCUGCCGGUUGCCCUUUCCGCCUGGGGACCGAGUGACCUUCAAUGGGAAGGAGUGCAUGUGCCAGAAGUGUUCCCUGCCCAAGUCGUCCGGGGGGAGCAGCACGCACCUGUCCCAGGGCCUCUGGAGUUGUGGCGGCUGUGGCACAGAAAUCAAGAAUGGCCAGUCCCUGGUGGCUCUGGACAAGCACUGGCAUUUGGGCUGCUUUAAGUGCAGGACCUGCGGGAAAGAGCUGAACGCAGAAUACAUCAGCAAGGACGGGCUGCCCUACUGCGAGGCCGACUACCACGCCAAGUUCGGCAUCCGCUGUGACGGCUGCGAGAAGUACAUCACGGGGCACGUGCUGGAGGCGGGGCAGAAGCACUACCACCCCCUGUGUGCGCUGUGCGUCAGGUGCGGCCGGAUGUUCGCCGAGGGCGAGGAGAUGUAUCUCCAAGGUUCCUCCAUCUGGCACCCGGCAUGUCGACAAGCAGCCAGAACCGAAGACAAGAACAAGGAGACCAGAACGUCCUCCGAGAGCAUCAUCUCUGUGCCUGCGUCCAGCACCUCAGGGUCUCCCAGCCGCGUGAUUUACGCGAAGCUGGGCGAUGAGAUCCUCGACUACAGAGACCUGGCUGCCCUGCCGAAGAGCAAGGCCAUCUACAACAUCGACCGGCCCGACAUGAUCUCCUACUCGCCCUACGUCAGCCACUCGGCGGGGGACAGGCAGAGCUACGGCGAGGGGGACCAGGACGACCGCUCCUACAAGCAGUGUCGGACCUCCAGCCCAAGCUCCACUGGGUCUGUCAGCCUUGGGCGUUACACCCCGACCUCACGGUCGCCCCAGCACUACAGCCGGCCAGCUGGUACUGUGAGUGUUGGUACCAGUAGCUGCCUGUCCCUGUCCCAACACCCAAGCCCUACCUCCGUGUUCAGACAUCAUUACAUCCCCUACUUCCGAGGCAGUGAAAGCGGCCGGAGCACCCCCAGCCUCUCGGUGCUGUCCGAUAGCAAGCCUCCCCCAUCCACCUACCAGCAGGCUCCUCGCCAUUUCCAUGUCCCAGACACUGGCGUCAAAGAUAACAUCUAUAGGAAACCCCCCAUCUACAAACAGCAUGCCUCGAGGCGACUGGAUGGGGAGGACGGGAGUUUCGACCAGGAUAACAGGAAGCAGAAGACCAGUUGGUUGAUCCUCAAGGGGGACGCAGACACCAGGACUAACUCUCCAGACCUGGACAGCCAGUCCUUGUCCCACAGUAGCGGGACCGAUAGAGACCCUCUCCAAACCAUCUCGGGAGACAACUUUUACUCACGAUUCCCCUAUUCCAAAUCUGACCCUCUCCCCGGACAUGGAAAGAAUGGCUUGGACCACCGGAAUGCCAAUCUGGCCCCUUGUGGAGCAGACCCGGAUGACAGCUGGGGCACGCGAGAAUACAAGGUCUAUCCCUACGAUUCCCUCAUCGUAACAAACCGAAUCCGUGUGAAGCUGCCCAAGGACGUGGACCGGACGAGACUGGAGAGACACUUGUCGCCGGAGGAGUUCCAGGAAGUGUUUGGGAUGAGCAUGGAAGAGUUUGACCGCCUGGCCCUGUGGAAGAGGAACGACCUCAAGAAGAAAGCCCUGCUGUUCUGAUGGCCACCGGGCACCUGGCCACACGAGCCGGGGGCAGAGCCGCUGGCAGAGCCCC